CAGAAUCUCGCCAUCAGCGCGGAACCGAAAUUUUAUCUAAUAAACCCUUCACACCCCCCGUCUUCUCUCUCUUCCUUUCCAUUUCUGCUGCUCUCCUCUCAAAUUUCCCUCUCCUUUCGUUGGGAUCUGUUGGCCUCUCCACUCUUCUUCCUCUUGCCUUCAGCCCCGUUCCCAUGGAGGCCGACGCAGAGAGGAAGGGGCAGAAGAGGAAGCUGGAAGACGAGGACGAUGGGCAACAAUCUAACGCCGCGAGCUGCGUUGUCGCGAUGGAAGCCGAUGAUCCGUUGGAGGCUCAGGUCAAGUUGCAGGUUCAGAUCCUGGACAACUGCUUCUCAUGGAAAGAAUCCGAUCGAUCUGCCGCUAGACGUGCUACCCAUGUCCUCGCCGAGCUGGCUAAAAAUGAGGACUAUGUGAAUAUUAUUGUUGAAGGAGGCGCUGUUCCUGUUCUAGUCCGUCAUCUCCAGCCCCCUCCUUCCAGUGAUGAUUCACCCAAGUACUUCGAACAUGAAGUGGAAAAAGGAAGCGCCUUUGCCCUCAGUCUCCUUGCGGUAAAGCCCGAGCAUCAACAAUUGAUUGCCGAUGCUGGCGCCUUACCUCAUCUAGUAGAUUUAUUAAAUAGGCACAUUAACAGUUUGGGGCGCAAUCGUGCUGUAAAUGGUGUCAUACGCAGGGCCGCUGAUGCCAUCACGAAUUUAGCUCACGAGAACAGUUACAUCAAGACUCAAGUCAGGAUUGAGAAAGGAAUCCCUCCCCUUGUUGAGCUGCUUGAGUUCAAUGACACCAAAGUGCAGAGAGCAGCAGCGGGGGCUUUGCGAACAUUGGCAUUUAAAAACGAGGCUAACAAGAGUCAGAUUGUGGAAUGCAAUGCACUUCCCACUCUAAUCUUGAUGCUUCGCUCUGAGGAUACUGCAAUUCACUAUGAAGCGGUUGGUGUCAUCGGGAAUUUGGUUCAUUCAUCGGCCACCAUAAAAAAGGAAGUCCUCCUUGCUGGAGCUUUGCAACCGGUUAUUGGGUUAUUAAGUUCCUGCUGCUCAGAGAGUCAAAGAGAAGCAGCUUUGCUGCUUGGGCAAUUUGCCACAACAGACUCAGAAUGCAAGGUUCACAUUGUGCAGCGGGGUGCAGUUAGGCCUCUUGUUGAGAUGCUUCAAUCUCCUGAUCCACAAUUGAAGGAGAUGGCAGCCUUUGCAUUAGGAAGAUUGGCACAGAAUACACAUAACCAGGCAGGAAUUGUUCAUGAUGGAGGUCUAAUGCCAUUGUUAAAGCUCCUUGAUUCAAAAAAUGGGAAUUUGCAGCAUAAUGCUGCAUUUGCUCUUUUCGGACUUGCAGAGAAUGAGGACAAUACCUCAGACAUUGUGAAGGUGGGAGGUGUUCAGAAGCUGCAAGAGGGAGAAUUCAUUGUUCAAGCAACAAAAGAUUGUGUUGCAAAAACAUUGAAAAGAUUGGAGGAUAAGAUUCGUGGAAGAGUAUUGAAGCAUUUACUAUAUCUAAUGCGUGUAUCAGAGAAAGUUGUGCAAAGGCGAGUUGCUUUGGCCCUUGCUCAUCUUUGUUCUGAUGAUGAUCAAAGGUCAAUUUUCGUUGACAAUAAUGGAUUGGAUAUUCUUUUGGGUCUUCUAGGAUCUGCCAAUCAAAAGCAACAACUGGAUGGAGCAGUUGCUCUAUGCACCUUAGCUAAGAAGGCUACGACACUUUCUCCAAUGGAUGCAGCUCCACCUUCACCAACGCCACAGGUUUAUUUGGGUGAACAAUAUGUAAACAAUGCUACCCUGGCUGAUGUUACUUUCUUAGUCGAAGGAAGGCGUUUCUAUGCACAUCGUAUUGCUUUGCUUGCUUCAUCAGACGCAUUUCGAGCUAUGUUUGAUGGUGGUUACAGGGAGAAAGAUGCAAAAGAUAUAGAGAUCCCAAAUAUAAGAUGGGAUGCCUUUGAAUUAAUGAUGAGAUUCAUAUACACAGGCACUGCAGAAGUCACAUUGGAUAUUGCACAGGACCUGCUUCGAGCAGCAGAUCAAUAUCUCCUUGAAGGCCUUAAACGUCUUUGUGAAUAUGCAAUUGCACAGGAUAUAUCUGUAGAGAAUGUUGCCAACAUAUAUGAGCUUGCAGAAGCCUUUCAUGCAAUAUCCUUGAGACACACAUGCAUCCUUUUUCUCUUGGAGCAUCAUGAGCACAUGAGGGAUAGGCCUGGACAUGCAGAGCUAAUCGACCGCUUGAUCCCUCAGAUCCAUGACUACUUCUAUAGGGUAUUACGGCCUCAUCCUUUAAAUCCUGUGGCUUGAAGCUGCUUUUCCUUAUUGGGGUUGUUGCCGACCUGGCCUGGACUUCCUGGUGGAGAUGGCAGAACAAAUAACUUUGUUCAAGACAUACAUUUGGUGUAAGGAUUAACUUGAACAAGUUUGGCAGCUCUAACCUCCGUCUUUCUUCAAGGGUUGGUUUUGCAUGAAGAUAAUAUGUUUCAGUACCGCCUUUUUUGUGACAGCCGCCACUGAAGCCUGUCAACCAUGUCAUGGACAUUCUACAGAGACAUUAGACGUUCAGCUUACCCUCUUAUCAAUUGUAAUCUUCUUUUACUUGUCCUAUACCUCUUCAUCUUCGUGUUCCAGGUAGUAGUAGGUAUCGGUAUUCUGGCUUUUUAUAGUAGGGAAAGAGAUGAAGGAAUACAUUUCAUUUUCUCUCUAGACAGGUGCAGUACCUCGCACGUGUUGACAAGGCAAAUAUUGCUUCGUAAGUAUGAAACAGCAGUGGAUAAAUGUAUAGAAACGAUUCCAUAAAUGAAAGUCUGGGCGAAAAGAUCCUACCUUGAACUA